AUGGAUGUUGAUUAUGGAGACGGCAAGGUUACUAAUCUUAUUGUUAUGGCAUUCUCUUUCGUGGUCAUUGCAGUUGUAAUUGUUGGCUUUGCUUCCUCUAUCAAAACUCCUCCAGGCGAUUCGGCGAUCUCAACACGUGAAUUACCACCAUCACCACCAAAAUCAAUGCAAAAAUCAUUAGUACCAAGUCACACACUAAACUUGACAUCCCUUGACUCCAUUUGUUUGCAGACAGAUUAUGUCUCUACUUGCAGGAGUUCUAUGGCUUCUGCUUUCAACCAAAAGAAUGGAACAGUGCAGGAUUUUGCCAAAACUACAAUGCAGGUGACAAUUCGACAAAUGGUUGGAGUUAAGGAAUUAGCAAACCGUCUUGUUAAAAAUGGCAGAAUCAGAAAAGAUUAUCAGGCUCUCAAUGACUGCAUUGAAUUGGUCUCAUUGGGACUUUAUGAUCUUCAGGCUGCUCUGUCACUAGUGUCAAAUAGCUCCAACUUGUCUUCUAAACAAUCCUGGGAUGUCAAGAACUGGCUGAGCGCUGUUCUUGCAUACCAAGAAGCUUGCCUUGAGGGGCUUAAGAACUUCAAGAGCAGAGAGGCCAUUUACAAUGCCAUUCAGAAUCCUAAGCAAACAACCAGCAAUGCCUUGGCUAUAGUUGAUUCAAAUUUCAAUACCCAAUCCCCAUCCAAGAAUAUAUCUCGGAGACUGCUUAGCCAGGACCAGGAGCACUAUCCCUCGUGGUUUUCAGCUGCGAAGCACAAGCUUCUUGGUGAUUAUGAUAAUGGUGAGUUGCGGCCUGAUGCAUUAGUGGCUGCUGAUGGAACAGGGGAAUUCAGAAACAUUGCAGAAGCUCUCAAAGCGUAUAAAUUAAAUAGCAAAGGAUGGUAUGUUAUCUACGUGAAAGCUGGGGUCUAUAAAGAGAAUAUAUUCAUCUCCAAGGAUCAAAUCAAUGUGUAUAUUUAUGGUGAUGGGAUUGACAAAACUAUUGUUUACGGAUCAAAACAUAGCACUGAUGAGUUUCCAGCCUAUCGAACUGCUGUGGUUGCCGUGCUUGGAAAUGGAUUUGUAUGCAAGUUGAUGACUAUACAAAACAGGGCGACAACAGGGAGAGAAGCUGUAGCUCUCAGAAUUCAAGGUGAUAAAGCAGCCAUUUUCAACUGCAAGAUAGAAGGAGCUGAACGCACAUUAUAUGCAGUGGCCCACCGGCAAUUCUACCGGGAAUGCAUCAUCGUGGGCUUCCAAGAUAUCAUAUUCGGUGACUCAUCAAUUAUCAUCCAAAAAUCCCUGAUUAUGGUAAGGCAACCCCACACACCUGAAAAUUUUACAGCAAUAACUGCACAAGGCAGGACAGAGAGAAGAGAGACCACAGGCUUUGUGUUACAGGACUGCACUAUAAUUAAAGAAGAAAAAAUCAAGAACAAUUUCAAGGUCCCAACGUUCUUGGGCCGUCCACUGGGAAAAUAUUCAAGAAUCAUCAUCCUGCAGUCUUAUAUCGGAAAUAUAAUUAGUCCUGAGGGCUGGACAAUGGGUUUUAGCAGGACCAAUGAAAAAAACGUUCAGUAUGCUGAGUAUGAAAAUAAUGGACCUGGAGCUAACACUGCCAAAAGGGUCAAAUGGGAAGGGUUUAAGGUCCUUAAGAGCAAAUUAGAGGCACUUCAAUAUACUCCAUAUGACUUUAUUCAAGGUGAUUUGUAG